AUGCCCGAAGGGACACAGUCGCCGCCUCCCGAGCGCCAGACCGGCAAACAGCUGCACGAGCCGCCCGGUAAAGGAUCUGGGAUAGAUGAGGUCGACAACAAGGGCGACAAGAUGAAGUCUGAGUUGGAGAACCUCUCAUCUAAUCCCAAGGGACCGAUGGAUGACCAUCUCGAAGCAAAGUUCUCAAAGGAACCGGGGAACCCGGUUGGUGCACAUAUUCAGAAAUGA